GCUUUGAAAUGGCGUUGCUCCAUCACAAAUGUCUGUAUUUCUGAGUUGUUUAUAGUAACACCAGUGCUCAUGUAGUGGUCUUUUAAUCUUUUCAAAUAUUGCAAUAUACAUUUUGGGACUUACACUUCACACCUGGACAUAAUUUGUUGGGGAAAAAGACAAUGCAGUAAGGUCUGUUUUUCAAUACUUUGCGCUGCAUAAUAAGGCCUCAUCGAUCCUCAGCCUUUCAACCAAUUUCGAAUGCUUGGCCGGUGGCCUCUGCAGCAACCAGACAAUUUAAAUCCCGGUGCCUAAUCAUGGCGAAUACAAUGCACAGUGUGUGACAGCAAGCAGUGGGCUAGGCACCUAUUCUCAGUGAAGUGACACACCACAGUUAACCUGUUACUGGCACUGCCCUGUGCUGCUUCAGUACAAACACCAUUUGAACUAUAGAUGUUUUUUCAGAGCUCAAUGCAACCGUAAACUAAUUCUAAUUGCAAACUAGUGUAGUGCUGCCAUAUUCUCAGAGUAGAUUUAAGCCUAACUGUCAGUCAGACGCAGAGCAGUUCUUACACUCACAGUAUGGCAUCGGUUCCAGUGUACUGCCUGUGUCGCCUGCCCUACGAUGUCACACGCUUUAUGAUCGAGUGUGACAUAUGUCAAGACUGGUUCCAUGGAAGUUGUGUUGGAGUGGAGGAGGACAAAGCAGCAGAGAUUGACCUGUACCACUGUCCCAACUGUCAGGUCAGCCAUGGGCCUUCUGUCAUGAGGAAGCGGCGUGGAGGUACCAAGCAGGCUGAUGCUGGAGGAAGAGACACUUCUGGUCGACCGGUAAAGACAGGCAGUCCACAGUUUGUCAGAGAGCUACGAAGCCGCACCUUCCCAAGUGCUGAUGAGGUAUUGUUAAAGCCGUCGGGGGCCCAGCUGACAGUGGAGUUCCUGGAGGAGCGCUCAUUCAGUGUUCCUGUCAUGGUCCUCAGGAGGGACGGCCUGGGCAUGAACCUGCCCCCGGGGAACUUUGGAGUAAACGACGUAGAGCACUACAUCGGUCCGGACAGGGAGAUUGAUGUGAUUGACGUGUGUCGCCAAGCUGACCUGAAGAUGCGCCUAGGGGAUUUUGUAGAGUACUACAACAGCCCCAACAGAGACAGAGUCCUCAACGUCAUCAGCCUAGAGUUCUCUGAGACCAGGCUGUCAAAUUUGGUGGAGACUCCAAAGAUAGUGAGGAAGCUGUCGUGGGUGGAGAACCUGUGGCCUGAGGAGUCAGUGUUUGAGCGGCCCAACGUCCAGAAGUACUGCCUCAUGGGGGUCAAGGACAGCUACACAGACUUCCACAUCGACUUUGGAGGUACCUCUGUCUGGUACCAUGUUCUACGGGGUGAGAAGAUCUUCUACCUGAUCUCCCCCACACCAGCCAACCUUGCCUUGUUUGAGCGCUGGAGCUCCUCGUCCAAUCAGAACGAGAUGUUCUUCGGGGACCAGGUGGACAUGUGCUACAAGUGCUCCGUCAAACAGGGGAACACACUAUUCAUCCCAACAGGAUGGAUCCACGCUGUACUGACUCCUGUGGACUGCGUGGCUUUUGGAGGGAAUUUCCUACACAGUCUCAACAUUGACAUGCAGCUCCGGGCAUAUGAAAUAGAGAAGAGGUUGAGUACAGCCGACCUGUUCAGUUUCCCAAACUUUGAGACGGUGUGCUGGUAUGUUGGCAAGCACCUGCUUGACACAUUCAGAGGUCUGAGAGAGAACCGCAGACACCCUGCUACCUACCUGGUCCACGGAGCCAAGGCCCUCAACAACGCUUUCCGCACCUGGACACGCAAAGAGUCGCUGACUGACCACGAGGUGGAGAUUCCAGAGACCAUUAAGACUCAGCAGCUGGUCAAGGACCUGGCCAAGGAGAUACGACUGGUGGAGGACAUCUUCCAGCAAGGCCGUCCUGCGGCUCCUUUCACCUCUACACAGGGCUUCCCCUCGCCCCUCCCCAAAGCCUCCCCUCUAGCCAUCUCCCAGAGCCCUGGCCGCCCCCCGGGGAAGAAGAGAGGCCCCAAACCCAAGGAUGUGUCCCCCAGCCCCAAAAAGAAGGGCCAAAAGGGUUUAAUGAAAGAGGCAGGAGAGCUGGACCUCCUGGAGAUCCACACCAAACACACACUGAAGAAAUGCCAAUCUGGUAACAAGAAAAACAAGAACAAGUUUGAGCUACCCUUGGAGGAGUUUGCAGGGAAAAUGAGCAAGAGCAAAUUGAAGCUAGUGCUGACCAAUGGCAAAAUACAGGGGAGGAAGGGUGGUCGUUCAGGCAGCAGUAACUGUGCCGGCCGUGCCCCGCACUUCCAGCACCAUGCUAUGGGAGGGUCUGCCCUGUCAGACUUUGAGACAGAGGACGAGCUACAGAUUGACGAGACACCUCCUCCACGACGCAAGGCUGGGGGAUCCAGCAAGAAGAAACUUAGUGGUCUUCCUAGGAAGCUGCCGAGGGCCAAGCCAUGCUCUGACCCCAAUCGCAUCAGAGAACCAGGAGAGGUGGACUUCGACAUUGAGGAGGACUACACCACAGAUGAGGAGGAGACCAUGACUGUCCAUGGAGUGAAGGGUGGAGCAGGGGGAAUCCUGGACCUGCUGAAAGCCAGCAAACAGGUGGCAGGGCUGGACUCUGCACUCAGUGAGGAAGCCCCAUCCUCUCCCAGCACGCGAGAUGCCAUCCAGGGCAUGCUCUCCAUGGCCAACCCUCCCUCCUCUUCCUCCUCCUCCUCUUCCUCCUCUUCCUCCCCUCGGUCUGUCUCCGGAGGUCUUUCUGAGGGCCUGGGCGUGGUCAAAGAGAAAGGAGGGCGGGCCGUGUGGGUGACAGGAGCCAAUAAGAGCAGAGGGGGAGGAGCCUCCAAAGAGAAGACGAUGUUCCAACGCCCUGGGAAACGGCCUGUCAAGCGGCCGGCCCGUCACCUUAGCGACGAGGACAGCCCAGAUGAGCAGGAGACUCUUGGCACCUGUUUUAAAGACGCCGAGUAUGUCUAUCCCUCCCUAGAGUCUGAUGAGGAGGACCAUGCCAACAAGGCCAAGAUGAAGCGGAAGAAAAACUGGGACGACACUCCUUGGAGCCCCAAAGCCCGGGUAACACCCACCCUGCCAAAACAGGAGCGCCCAGUAAGGGAGGGGGCCAGAGUGGCUUCUGUAGAGACUGGCCUUGCUGCAGCUGCUGCCAAACUGGCACAACAGGAGAUCCAGAAACCCACCAAGAGGAAGUACACCAAAAAGCCCCGCCCUGUUGCCACUCCUGCCGCACUACAGCCCCCACCUCAGGCCGAGCCGUCCCCUCCCUCCCCCCCUCUGGCCCCGGAGCCUCCCACCCCUGACUUAAGCCCUGAGCAGAGGGUGGAGUGCUACUCUGCCAGCCUACUGGACCAUGAGUACACGGCGGGCCCUGGGGGCCCCAGAGGGAGUGCUGCUAUGGCUCCUGGGGUGUUCCUCACCUCCAGACGACCCUCCCUUUCCCCCCAGAACAGCAGCACUUACUCCCCCUCGGCAGCCUCCCCCGCUGGGCAAGCUAGCCCCGGCAGCGCUGGAGCUGGUGGAGGGAAACGUCCAAAGAAAGGACUUGCAACAGCAAAACAGAGACUAGGAAAGAUUCUGAAAAUACACCGCAAUGGGAAGCUUCUCCUGUGAGAGGUGCUUCGGGAGAUAUGGACGGAUGGAGGACAGAUGGAUGUAAAUUAAAGAGGACCUGAAAGAUGUGACUGCUUUAAGAGAGACUGUUUAUAUUUUUUAAUCUAUAAUUCAACUUUUGUCCAUCUGAUAUCUUCACCUACACCUGUCAUCCACUCAUGUUCUCUUAAUAAUUCAGAAUUGAUUGAAUCUAUAUAGCUGUUUUGUAGCGCUGAAAUAGUCAGCAUUCUACUUUGGUACUCUGCUUUCACAUUUGGUAUUAUUCAUACUUUGAUAUGAAUAUAUAUACAUUAUAUUGAGAAGCAUGUAAACAUUUAGUUGGUCUUGCACCGCUCUAAUCAAUUGAACAUGUAUGGAUCAAUUAAUUGGUAUAUGAUCUAUCUAGUCAUUGAACCCAUUUAACUUACAUGCAAGAAGCAUGUAUUCAUCAAAUUGGCAAUGAACAUUUUCUGAAAUAAAUUGUAGUUCAUUUAUAGUAAAAAUAAAAUAAAAAAGUUUUUUAAAAAAAAAGUUUAUUAUGUAACCAAUAAUAUGACCCAUUCUUCACUUGACAUGGGUCUCUCUAUGUGGGUAGGUGGGCGGGUGUGCUUGAAGUCAGAAGUGGUGAAUGUUUUAAAUAUACAUUUAUUUCCAGACAAUUCAACCAAAUGGGAUUUUUAGAAAUGAAAUCAUUCUAAUGAUUUUGAUUGAAUCUGUUUGAGAUUAACUAAUGUAGUUUUGGAUUACUUACUUUUAGAUAGCUUUUUAUAUGUAUUAUGUGCUAGUAGGCUUGCCUCCCAUUCACCCCCUUUACAGUUCUGUGUUCACAACUAUGUUCUUACCUCACUUUCAACUCCUCUAAUUUACUUUUUUAUUUCUACAAAACCUAGGUUAUUACUUUAAUUCACCACCCAGGUUUUUAUUUUUCCAAUGUAGAUAGCAACCAAAUCUUUUAGAAAGGGGAUCCCUUCACCAGAAUUUCUGUAGAUAUUUAAAAAGAAAUUAUCAGUGUGCUAAUGACCUCAAGAAAGAUUUCACUUGUGUUUUUUAUUGUAUUCAUUUAACUUAGCCUGGGUACCAGUCUGUGUGCCAUCAUGUCACUCCUUGUCAUGGCAUGUCACAAACAGACUGGUACCCAAGCUACAUUUAACUCACUUCUGGAUGAAGUUCUGUGUUUUUAGAUGUGUAUAUUUUUGAUUUUAUAUAGCCAGCCGGUCAAAGCAGUACUGUCAUGAUAUGAAGAGUCUGUUUCCUAAUCAUUUUCAAAUCCACCAUGGUUUGUAUUCAAGUCUUUAGUAUUAUAGACUUGAGCCAGCAGUUGUAGAAUACGUCCCAAAUGGCGCCCUAUUCUGUAGUGCACAACUUUUGACCAGGGCUCAAUGCGUUCUGGUUAAAAGUAGCAUACUAUUUCGGAAAUGGGGUGCUGUUUGGGACGCAGGCAGAUGUAGAAUGACGUUUUAUAUAAGGAAUGUGCUACACAUAUAGACAUACAGAGUUGUAGUUUUAUGUAAUGAUAUUGAAGUUGGGAAGCAAGGGAUUUGAUAAUGAUUCUGAUAUGUACACCAUUGUUGUAAUUUUGUUUUUAUAUAGUUCAAAGGAGAAGUCUUUUUGUUGUUAUUGCUUAACAUACCUUGUAUAUAAUACAUGUCAUUUGGAAAAAUGUAUGACAUAUUCAAAAGUUGACUUUUUAUUUGUAUGCAGUAAUAAUUAUGUAAUUCUGUUUAGUUGGUCAUGUAUUGUUAUAAUGUAAUAAUGAAGUUAAUGUUUUAUAAUUUAGUAUUAAUUAUAUUUAGUCUUGUGUCAAUGUAUAUGUUAGACGUGAAAAUCAUUGGCCUGGAGGAGAUAGAAUAUACUUUUGUUUUUCUUAUUCAUUUUGUUACAGGCUUUGUUUUUUUCUCUCGUUCGAUUUCGAGGUUGCUUCUGUGUGGGUGUGGCGCGCUCUAAUUUCAGUCAUUCUCGUUGGUCAGGUUGUGUGGCACCUGUUGCCUCGUUAAUUAGUCGUUAGUUUCACUUUAGGUGAUAUUUAAGAGAUGCAGAGCCAAUGCUCCAGUUGGCAGGAGAGAUGUUGGAAGUGUUUGACUGCUGUUUAAGUCGUCCUCUUUAAAUUAAGCCUUUUAUCUUGUGUUCUUUUUGAUUAGCUCCACUUUUAACUCCAUAUUAUAAAUUGCUGUGAUUAUAA